UUGAAGGCAAAUUCACAAUUUACUUAGUACACCGAACUAGCCUUUCAGUAAAUACAUGAAUGGAUGAGACACUGUCGACAUCUCCAUUAUUUUAAGAAUCGACUGUAGUGGCUUUACUUUAAUAAUUCCCAAGUAAUGUCGGAUUCGCUAACUCCACAGUGAAUACACUGGCAUGCCUGGACCUUUAGCUUGUUGCACUUGCUUGCAGCGGUUCCUGAGCAACUUAGCUUAGCCUACGUUGUCAUUGAUGAGCUGAGAAGUUCAAUGUUUUGUUAAAUUGAGCAUAAUUUUCCUUUACCGUCAUCAUUUCAUCUUUAAAGUAUGGAGCCAUUUGGGGCCCUUCUUGGAUUUUAUGCAUGUUUUGCUUUAAGUGGACUGAUGUUUGCUGCCUAUAAACUUGGUUUGCUGUACCAGUUGUUCCACAAGACUGAGAUAAACAGCCCUCGACAUGGCGGUGAAAGUGUGGCAGAGGUCCUGCGCGCCCACGGGAUCAAAUAUGUCUUCACUCUGGUCGGUGGACACAUCUCGCCCAUCCUGGUGGCCUGUGAGAAAGUGGGUAUUCGGAUUGUGGAUACAAGGCACGAAGCCACAGCUGUCUUUGCUGCUGAUGCUGUGGCACGACUUUCAGGUACCGUUGGUGUAGCUGCAGUGACUGCUGGUCCGGGUCUCACUAACACUGUGACAGCAGUUAAGAACGCUCAAAUGGCGGAAUCACCUUUGUUGCUCAUGGGAGGGGCUGCCGGUACACUUCUUCAGGGCAGAGGAGCGCUGCAAGACAUUGAUCAAAUGUCUCUUUUCAAGCCUCUGUGUAAGUUCUGUGCCUCUAUCAGAACAGUUAGAGAAAUCAUACCUGUUGUCAGAAAGGCGCUGGCUGUCGCCCAGUCUGGAACCCCUGGGCCUGUUUUCAUAGAGUUCCCUAUCGACACUCUGUACCCUUUCCAUCUGGUGUCCAGAGAGUUUGCAGUUAAAAACCCUCCCAAAGGCCUGAUGGGCAAAAUUGUCUCCUGGUACCUUAACAAUCACCUCAUGAACAUUUUUGCUGGUGCCUGGGAGAGAAGGGAUGUUUCACCUCUUCUUGUUGACAUCCCACAAGCCACAGAUGAUCAGGUUCAAAAGUGUAUUGAGCUGGUGAGCCGAGCCAAGAAGCCUGUAAUCCUUCUUGGGAGCCAAGCCACUCUACCACCAACACCAGUUGAGGAGAUCAGGAGUGCUUUGGAGGACUUGGGCAUCCCUUGCUUCCUAGGAGGCAUGUCCCGAGGCAUGCUUGGUAAAGACAGCCCUAUCCACAUUAGACAAAACAGACGUGAUGCUCUGAAGGUGGCUGAUGUUGUGGUCCUUGCAGGCACAGUGUGUGAUUUCCGUUUGGGCUACGGCAAAGUUUUGAACAGACGUAGCAAGAUCAUUGCUGUCAACAGAGACAAGAGGCAGCUGCUCAAAAACUCUGAUAUGUUUUGGAAACCAACUGUAGCUAUUCAAGGUGAUGCUGGUUCCUUUUUGGUACGACUUUCCAAGGGCUUAAAGGGCCAUCACUGUCCAGAAGAAUGGCCUCAAAGUCUCAAAGCAGGAGAUGUGACCAAAGAAAAUAUAAAUAGAGCUAAAGCCAAUGAGAAGACAGAGCAUCACCUUAACCCCCUUAAAGUUCUACACAUGUUGGACGAGCAGAUGUCAGAAAACAGUAUCAUUGUAGCGGACGGCGGGGAUUUCGUAGGAAGCGCUGCUUACAUCAUGAGGCCGCGUGGACCACUGCGCUGGCUCGAUCCAGGUGCGUUUGGGACGCUGGGUGUCGGAGGAGGAUUUGCGCUAGGUGCAAAACUUUGCCGGCCUGAAUCAGAGGUGUGGAUUGUCUAUGGUGAUGGUUCUCUAGGAUACAGUGUUGCUGAGUUCGACACUUUCACCAGACAUAAGCGGGGAUCUGUGAGAGUGAAACAGACGGCCGGCGACAAGCAGCAGCCCUGGAAGCCCGCAUGCCAGCGGCGGCUCGUGCAGCAGUUGAUGUCGGUAAACGCAUACUGUCGGCUGCAAUUUGCUUAAAAUUUACCAGGCCCUUGCCAUUAUCGUAGCUGAAUGUACGCAUCCACUGCCGGCCGGCGCUGCUCAUAGCUGACCGUCUGCUACGCCGUGCAUUGCUACACAAAGCCCACAUUACAUAAAAUACAUAUGAAGCUAAUGGAGAUGUAUUUAGGUGAUGGAGGUUGUGAUUUUUCAGCUGCUGAAGUAACGCUACAAAUUCACCGGACCCUCGAUAGAACUGGAGUGGACCACAGUGCAUCUAGCUGUUGCUGCACAAGCCGCAGUUGCAUGUGUUGGCUACCAGCUAAGCUGUGUCGUUGCUCGCAGCCAGUUGUGUCUCACCUACUCAUAGCCCAACUAACAUCAAACACCUAAACAUGUGAGAGAUGAUGUACUGUAUUUAAAGGACUGGUGUUCUGUAGCUUUAUGGAACUGCUUGAUGGUGAAUUAAAUGAGAAAGCUGCAUUUGUGUCAGGGUGUAAAGCAGCCUGAAGGCGCACUUAGACUUAGAGUGGUAUGAAAACGUUUGGCCGCCAUUAUAAGAGCCUCAAAACAAGUCUCAAAUGACCUAAGAAUAAAGAUUGUUCAGCAUCAUGGUUUAUGGGAAGGUCACAAAGUGCUAGCUCAGAGAUGUCAGUUGCCAGUUUUCACUUUGAGGAAUAUAGUGAAGAAAUUGGAAACCUGAGAGUGGCAGAGCAAGAAAAAUGAGGAAGAAAAGGAUUAGGGGGAACAGUCAAACUCCUCCACAAACCACCCCCAAAGGGCCAAAACAAACAUAAGAGUUCUGCAGAUGGUGUAAUUGUUCAACUACUCAGCAAAUUUUGCACAACGAUAUACAGUACUGUAUAGGAAAGUAAUGUUGAAGAAGCCUUUUCUGCAUGAGGUAUGCCAAAGCCUAUUAGGACAAGCCAGCUUCAUUUUGAAAUAGUGUAUUAUGGAUUGAUGAAACUACAAUUGAGUUAUUUGGUAAAAAAAAGAACAAGAAGUAAUUAUUUGGACAAAACCGUGGGAGGUAUGCAUGGGGAUGAAGAACAUGGCAUUGCAAGACAAAUAUUUGUUACCCACAAUAAAAUUUGGUGGGGUUCCAUCGUUCUGUGUGGCUGUUUCAGGCACUUGCAGUCUUGUUAAUGUUGGACCUUUCCAGUCCGUAUCAGUAGAUCGCUGAAAACAAUGAUCAGGAAUAACUGACAAAGCCCUGGUCAUAAUUCUUGCACCCGGGCUCCUAAUCUGAUUUUUUUGCCAUUGCAUGCACUGCUUACACUUACAAUAUGGCUUUAAAAAGAAAGCAGUUCACUUCCAGCCAACAGUCAAUAUUGCAAAUGUAAGUUAUUUGGUCACUAUAAGUUAGUAGGUUUUCCAACCCAUUUUGUGAUUAUAAAAUCAAAAUAAGAGACAUAGAUUCAUGUUAAAAUAACAGUUAACAUGAGGCUUAUUUUUGUAAAAGCAGUGAGUUAUCAACAUGUGGGAAACUUUGGACUCAGGGUGUUGCUACGCUGUAAAGGUUUUCCAAGGAUCAGCUACCCUACCUGUACAUGUCUAUGAGACAGCUAAUGAUGGCACAUAGUAUUAUGUGUACACCCUUGUUCAAAAGGUUUUAGACUCUUUCUCAUUCAGUUCAAUGGUGAAAAGUCUCAAAACUUGUGACCGCAGGUAUUCUUACCCAGGAGUUACACCAGAUAUGGCAUGCUUACAUGUAACACCUGUGCCUGUUGACUUGUCAAAAACGUCUGUUUACAUCGCUCACUACCACUAGCUCCGAGACCUCGCGUCAACACUCUGAGCACUUAAUAUAUUAUCAAUAAUUCAUGCGACAUACGCAUUUACAGAUAUAGAGUAAUCUGAGUAGAGAUUUGUGGGUGUCGCUCUCUAGUGGUGGCCGCCAUCACUGGGGUGUUAACACAUCUCAGUAGCAGCCCAGCGUCAGUCAAUGUAAAAAGUAACAUUACCUGCUGCUAGGGUUGCCAACUCACUGAUUAUAAAAAUACAGGAAACCUCAUUGGUUAAGCCGGCUGGUGAGAUAACCGUCAUUUUCUUUUCUGUAUGUGAAAAGUGUUUUUUUUUUUUAAUUAUUAUUAUUAUAUUAUUAGUAUUAUAUUCUGCUCAAAAAGUAACGUGUAUUUAAAGAUAAUCCAACAACAAUUUGCCUUUCAGACCCCGCGUAUUGGUCAGCUUUCUUUCUGAAAGAAGAAAAAAGUUCUGUGCUUAAGAGAAAACCAAUCCCAAUGACAAAGAUUUUAACAUGUAUUUUACAAAUGAUAUGCCUCAAUGAAUCUUUUUUUUUUUUUUUUUUUUUUUUUUAAUGAACGCUUUUCAAAAGCUUUAUUGGUGGAUUUUCUCAAGUUAAAGCGCCACACAGAAAUUAAUGAAUUUAAUUGUGUAAGCAGGAUCUGUCUAUUAUUCUUAUUAUUUAAUUACAGGUGUUUUAGCUCAUUUCAAUUUAUUUUAUUUAAAUGGGCUAUUAUUUAUUUUAUUAUGUGUUUAAAAUUUUACAAAUGUGAUGUAGUAUUCAUUUAUUUUCUAUAUUUUAUGUUGUAUAACUUUAGUUCCUAUGUGAAUAUUAGUUCCUAAUUGUUUUGUUGUGGUAGGAGGGUUUUGUAUUGAACACGGGGCUGUGUUGGUUAUUAUUAUAGCAGAGAAGACAGCAGUAUAUCAACAAAGACAAGUCAACUGUGCCCCGAUCUACCACUCAAGAGAUCUGAUGGACUCAAAAAAUGGGUUACGAUUGCAUAUUAGUUUGAAAAUCGACCAGAUCCACCGUAUUUUUACACUGGUGACUUCCGGUCUGCCCGAUCCUAGCUACCGGUAGUAGUAUUGACGCAGGAGCGUCUCGCGUCAAAUGAUAAACUCUGCCGUUUUUUUCGCGUGCGUCGUGUUGAGCUGCUUCAGGGACGCGUCUAACAUGCGGCCGCACUGCAACUGGUGUGUAUUGGCUGAUUGACUUUAACGCCUGCGUUUCACUGCGUUCUCGCGGCGGCCACGUUGUCGUGCCGUUGACUUUUCUGGGUUAUACUGUCCUACUGUGUUGGUCCUCAUUAUAGUAGAGAAGACAGAGUAAAUAUAAUUUACACAAAGAAACUGUAACCCGAUCGACUCACAGCCUCGAAAAGUAAGGGUUACAUUUCGUCAGAAACUCGUUUGGUACGCUUCUGUUCUGAACCGAGCACCACGUACCGAAACGGUUCAAUACAAGUACAUGUACCGUCAGGGGUCGCGUUAACCGAAUAUUUUCCGUCGUUGACCGGUUUUUUAAAACGGUGACGGAAAAAACUGAAGUCCAUCUGUCAUUUUGACAGGUUGCAAUUCACACCCCAGACCACAGGGUGGCAAGUGAGCAUAUUAAUUAGCUAUUGUCUCUCUUGAUGCAUGACGUCGUUGGCCUUACUCGGAAAAAUGUCAAGGCAACUGAGUGUCCGAAGUUUCUUCAAAAAGCCCCAAAACGACGAUGGUGUUGAUAAAAGAGGUGAAAAAAGAGGGACUGAUGCAGUGGAGGAUGAAGGAUGACAAUGAAUCAAGUGAAUCGCCGGUUCACUCCUCACUGUGGCGAGCAGUUGAAAACAAAGAAGGGCAGAAUUGGUAACACGGUGAAAGCGGCAUUAAGCCAAAAAAGCGGACCAGACUAGCCAGAGCCUGAAAUUAUUUCAAGGAAAAUAUGGAGGGUGCCACCACUGUGUGUACUCUUUUUGCUAAGCUGAGCUCGCAUACCACGGUAGCACGUCAGCAAUGAACGAACACUUGACGCGCCAUCACCCAGGUGUAUUUCGGAAGACAACAGGAAACAACAAGCUUGCGGAUUGUAAGUCCAUACAACUUUCUAACGAUUUUUUUAAAAAUGUAAGUUUCCUUUAUGUGCGUCGUAUCAACGUGCAUUUUUAUUUAAUAAUAAUAAUAAUAUAUAUUAAAAAAAUAAAAAAUAAAAAAAAAUAUAUAUAUAUAUAUAUAUAUAUAUAUAAUGGAAUUAUAUAAUAUUACUGUAAUCCAUGACUGCACUAAUGUUAGUUACUUUAUAUUAUAAAGUAUUAUUGUAUUAUUGUGUAUAUACAUAUAGUGACUGAAUCAAGAUAUAGUCAUUUUAAAAAUUUAAGUGACGGGUAAAAAUAGAUUAUGACCGGAUUUUUAUGACCCUGUCAGUCAAAAUGACAGACAACGAAAAAGUCUAGCGCAACCUCUGGUACCGUUACACACUUAAUAAUAUUGGUUAUCGAUAAUUAUCGGCCGAUAAUGGCAAUUAUGACGUCACACCGAUAAUAGAGAUUUUUAAAAAUUCAACCGAUAAUGCAAUCUGAUAAUUUUAUACUUUAUUUAGCCUUCAAAUGUGUGCAACCGACACAGUUUUGUCGAAUUCUGGGCCGGCACCCCUACCCCUCCUAAAGGUAUUUUUUGUGCAAUUAAGUAAUUAAUUUGUAAGCAUUAUGAAUAUUAAUUAAUAUACAAUGAUUCGACGUUGGAAUUUACUACUUGCGUUCUACUUACGUUCAUUUGAUGUAGAAAAAGUAGCGAUAAAUCGUAUUUUUGCACAGUAACAUUUCCUCUUUUUUUAUAAUUUGUAUAUACGUAUAUCUUUUCAAUAGAGUUAUCGGCUUGACAUUAUCAGUUAUCGGCUGGAAGGAGGAGGUGAUUUUGGUUAUCGGUCUGCAUUAUCGUGCAUCACUACCUUAAUAUAUAUAUAUAUAUAUAUAUAUAUAUAACAGUUAAAAAUUAGAAUGCUUUCUUGAUCAUUAGCCUGCUUUUUUUGUCUAAAUAAUAUCUUCACCAAUUUAACUUUAGUAAGCUUUUACCAAACAAAGAGAUUCUCUCCUAUGUAACCGUUAAAGAAAUCAAUAAGCGAUAAAAACACUGAAUGUAAAAAAAAAAAAAAAAAAAAAAAAAAAAAAAAUUACACUUACAGUAUGCUUCCAUUGAAAGACUUAAGCAUGCGCGAAUCACGUCGGUCGCCUGCCAUAAACCUUGCGCAUGUGUGUUUGACUUGAACAUGUGCUGCACAUGCGCCACUUGCAUCCUGUCGGUACUCACAUUGGGUUGCGACAAGUGCUCUCACAGAGAGCAGCAGAGACGUCUGUGAAAUGACACUUACGUGCCACGAUGCUGCAGGGCGAGACUUUUCACUUGUAUAAUGUAACAAAAAUGUUGUGUAAGGCUCGUACAGUAACUAUAGGGUCAUUGUAGAACUAAAAAAUGUAAAGGAUUACGUUACAAAGUUACAGCAAAAAGUCAGUUAUAGAAUUUCUACAGGAUAGAGUAAAACGAUUUAAUUAUUGUUGCGCUGUUGGCUUGUCGUUAGCUUUUGCCAGCAAGCUCUCAAUGCUAACGACGAAAGGUUCGCGCUUUUGUUUUCCACCGGAGUCCGCUCAUCAACGCUGCAAAGCUCCUCAAAACAACAGCUUUCAUGUUCGCAAAAAAAAAAAAAAAAAAAAAAAUCUGUCAAAUUCUUGUUUAAAUGUGGUGUUGUGUGACAGUUAUCGCAAGCAAUGCAAAUGUUUGUACAAUAAAGGCACCCCCCAUCUGCAUUGGGGCUGUGUUGUUUAAAUAGUGUUUCUCUGCUGU